AUGCUUCAUUCUGAACCACAGACGGACAUUGUCUUCACAAUAACCUACGAGUAUAUUGAAGGCCGCCACGCUCAAGCUUUCCAUGCGCUCACGCCAUGGUGGAUGGACGUUGGAGGAUGCAGAACCUCCGACGUACCUGCUUAUCGAGAUUCGGCAUUCAACUAUUCUAGUCCCAUCCUGAAAGGGUCAUUCCAAGGAACCAUUACCUUCGUCGGAGGUCAUUUGCAUGAUGGAGGCACGCAUAUUGAUCUCCUCAGGAAUGAUAAGGUUGUAUGCAGUGUCAACGCCGUGUACGACGAGUUCCAGUACCUGGACAAGGGCAAGGUGACGGAGCAUGUAUCCAGUAUCGAAAGUUGCAAGAUCCCUGCAGUAACCGCCCCUCAUGAUGAAUGGUCAAUCAAUGCGUACUACGACACCCAUUUGCACGAGCCGAUGGAGAUGAUGGAUGGCUCCCUUGAGCCAGUCAUGGGUAUUAUGCUCGUAUAUGCUGCUUCUGGGCUGAGCCGGGAUGGUGGAGCGAGAACGGAAUAUUUGAAUAUUGUUCUAGCAGUCGGGAGCUUGAUCGCGGUGGUGUUCCUUGCUGGUGCCUGGUGCUUCCUUCAGGGCCGUUGUGGAUCUGGCAAGAAGGCACCAUCAUUCACGACUGCACUGUCGAGCAGCGACCGUGUCUUGGAACAAGAAGCAAAUGUGCCUUUGAUGAAAACAUGA